AUGAAUACUUUCACUAAAUUUCCUGAAGAUGACGAAAUCACUAAUCAUAAAAUGAAAGCCUUAGAAUUAAAUGCAUCCCAAUUUUAAGCACAAAUGAAAGUACUUAUUAAAUAGUUAUACAGCCACUUUUUAAUGAGAACACUAAAUUAAAACAACAUGUUAUCAGUCUUAACUUUUAUAUGGAGGAACGCAAAUUACAAUUAGCCAAUCUCAUAAGUGAUACUGGACCAAAUGGAGAAGAUAGAGUAUUGAUAAAAGCAGUGGCAGAUUUCAAAUAAAUAUGUGAUCUUUUAGAAGGUAUUAUAGUAUUUAUAAAAAGAGGAGAUAAUCAGAUUGAAUAAUAUUAUAAUUGAUAACAAUAAUGCAAAAGCUGCUUUUCAAUUGAAUAUUAAACAAUUAAGAGAGAAUUUAUAAUAAGAAACUGAAAGACAUUUUAUAGAAAAAUAGUAAUUGAUUGAUUAAAAUAAGAAGUUGAGUGAUUAUCAUAAAUAACAAAAAUAAUUAAAUGAACAACGAAGAAAUCAUCUUGUAAAAAGAUUUCAUUUAUAUAUUAGCAAAUGAAAAUUGAAGAUCUCUGUUCAUAAAUUAUGUAGUUAAAAUUAAAUGAAUAAAGGUUGCAUAAGUAAUAUAAAGAAGAAUUAGAAAUUAAGACAUUAAAAUUGAAUACAGAACUUAUUUAAGUUAAAUUUGAAAAAUAAGAUUAAAAUGAGAAGUUUGAAAAUGAAAGAAGAUCCUAUUUAAAAUAAUUAGAAGUUUUUAGUACUAAAUUGAAUGAGGUAAAAAUGGAAUUAAUAAAUGAAUAUGAAUAUAAGAUUUAAUCAUAAAGAAUGAAAUUAGAUAAUUAAAUUUAAAAACUUAAAGAAGAUUGUUAAGAUUAUAAAAAUUAAACUUUGUAAUAUAUUGAAAAAAAUAAAAUCCUCUAAUUCUAAAUUGAUAGAUAUUAACCAUAUGUAGCAAGUUUAGAAAAGGAUAUUCAAGAUUAAAAAUACAAAGCUUUUCUAUUCGAUGAAUAAAUGAAAGCCAAGGAUUCAAAACUUCUUUAAAAAGAUAUUUUAAUAGAUUAAUUAAAGUAUUAAAUGUAUAUUAAUAUAGUGAAUAGAUAAAGAAAUUGAAAAAUGAUAAAACUUAACCAGGAACAAGAGAAAAUGUAAGAAAAUAAAGUACUAUAGUCUAAGCUUAUAAAAAUUAAUCUCCUGAUAAAUUGUAAUAAUAAUAAAAAAACAAUCCAUAAUCACAAUAUAGAUAAGUUAUUAAAUAAAGAGAACCUAUUAAAUAAACUAGUAAUCCUGAAUCAGCUAUAUAAUCUUCUUAUAAAAGAUCAUCUAUUUAAAAAGAUGAAUUUACUUUUGAAGAAACUACAAUUGAAUAAUAUGUUGAAAAUAAUAGAUAAGAAAUAAUGCAAUCAAUUUAGAAAUAAAGUAGAUAAUCAUCAGUUGAUGAUUAACCUAUUUAAUAGAUAUAAAUAAUAAAAAUAGUAUCUAAUGAAGCAUCUUCAACUAAUAGAAAUAAUAAUGAUGGAUUAUAAAAUACAAGUAUUUAAUAUAACAAAUCUUUAUAAACUACAUAGAGAGCAUGGACAAUAUAAAAUGAUUUUGGAAUUUAAUGUGAUUUGAUUGAGAUUGAUUCUAAUACAUCAUCUUAUUACACUUCAGAUGCACAAUUGUCUAGAUGUAAGAAUGAGAUUAUUAGACUUAAAGAAGAAUUUGAAUUUAAAUUAAAAUGUAGUUAAGAUGAAAUUAAUGAUAUGCAAGAUUUGAUGAAAAUCUCAUAAGUUAAACAUGAAUAAUUAAUUGAAUCAUUAAAAAGAGAAUUUGAAUAAUAAUUAUAAUAAGAAUUAUUAAAAAAAGAUUUGUAAAUAUCUUAAUUAUUAGAAACUAUAAAAGAAAAAGAUUAAAGUAUUAAAAGCUAUAUUGAUUCAGAAUAAUUAUAUGAACUUUUAAUUGAAGAUUUAAAUCUAAAAUUAAAAUAGAAAGAUUAAUAAGAAUUGGAACUUUAAACAAAAUUUCAAGAGAAUAUUCAUUAAUUAUAAAUUGAAAAUGAAAUAGAGUAAAAAAGACUUUUAGAAUUAACUGAAAAUUUAAAAUUAAAUCAUAAAUAAGAGAUUGAAAAUUUAAAUAAUUAACAUUUAUUGGAUCAAGAAUAACUCAUUUAAGAAAGAAAAAAAUUAAAAGAACAAUAAUCAGAUCAUGAAAUCUUUAUUAAAUAAACUACAGAUUUAUUAGAGUAAGCAAAAUCAAAAGAAUAUUUAUUAGAUAGUUAUAGAAGAGAAUUAUUAAAAACAAAUGAAAUUGUUAAAUAUUUAUCAUUAGAAAUUGAAAAUUUCAAAAAAAUAAAUAAUAUAUUUCGAACUAAAAAUGAACAUAUAUCUUAAAAUUUCUUAUAUAAUGGUAUGGGAUUUCUACCAACUGAAGUUUAAGAUAAAAUAAAGAAUAAAAUGAAUAAAGUAAAAUAUAAAUAGAGUGUACCUUCAAAUAUUCCAAAAGAUGCUUAUGCUAUGAACUUUUAACUUUAAAAAGGUUCUAAAAUGAAACCUGCUAAAUUGGCAUCUAUGACUAAUAAUAUCUAAGAUUUAAAAUAUUAAAAGUCAUAUAUUAUUUAUAUUAUAGAUAAGAGAUCAAAGGUAAAAUUGAAUAAUUGAAUGAUUAUAAUGAUGGACUACCAAAAAUUAAUUCAAAAAAUGUUUAUGAAUUAGAGAGAUCUCAUUCAGAAUCAAAAUAAAAAAUAUUAAAUAAAAAUAUUAGAUCAAGUAAAUUUAAUUAUACAUAUUUAGAAACUUAACAAGAAGAUUAUAUUGAAGUUAAUGAUCCUAAAAGAAUUAUUUAAGAUAUUAAUUAAAAGGAAUUACUAUUAAUUUAGCGAAGUUAAAUGUUAUUAUCUUAGCUAAAUGUAACUGCAGAAAAUUAUUAAAAAUAAAAUCAAAGAAAAAUAAAUUAUAGUACUUGUAAAACAUGA